CGCAGCCGCGAAUAACCGGUAACUGUCCGAUUGUUUCGAUCACCGGCACACACCGCCGCUCCUCAGGGGUCUGUUUGCCUCUAUGACCAACGGAAGAGUUACUAGCGGCUCACGCUGGUAAAACGCUUGACGGACACUCACGAAACCAACCAAUCAGAAGCCAGAACGCCGCCGCGUGCGUAAUUUGAACGGCAGAAACUCACAGCUAACCCUUGACUGUCAACGCAGCGAGUGAAGUGAACCGAGAGCCUGACUGAAAAGACGGUUUUUAGGGAGACAACUUUGCGGAGCGACAUGAGAAGAAGUGAGCUGCUGGCUGCAGAAGCUGUGUCCUGCCUGAACAAGGCGCUGAGCCGCCUGAAGGACAUCUGGGAGGAGAUCGGCAUUCCGGAGGAGCAAAGGCUCCAAAGGACCAACAUGGUCAAGAGCCACAUAAAAAACCUGCUGGAAAUGAUGAUUGAGGAAGAGGAGGCUUUGAGGAAGAGGCUCAUGCACAGCAUUCACAAAUGCAAAGCAGAGAUGCAGAGGCUCUGCUUGGAGCUCCAGCUGCCGGUUUUUCAGGAGGAAGAGGGCCUCAGCAUUCUCCAGCAGGAGAAGAACAUCCGCACCGAGGUGGAAGCCCUGAUGAAGGAGAAGGGUCAACGGAUGCAACAGCUCCAGGACCUGCUGCAUCAAGAACAGGACUUGUGUGAUAUUUUAGUCUGCAAGCCCUAUGGCCUCACCUCAGACUCGAUUCCCACUCGGGAACAGUUGGAGAGCUUUAGGCAGUACAUCGCCCUCCAAAAUGCAGAAAAGGCCCAACGACACGCUGAGUUCAGAGAGCUAAAGAAGGAAAUUAUCCUGUGUAUGGAGGAGCUGGACCACAUCCCAGAGACCAGCUUUGAGAAAGACGUGGUCUACGAAGACGAGGACUCCUUCUGCCUGUCCAGAGACAACGCCACAUCCCUGAGGCUGCUGCUCCAUCAGCUGCAGGAGCGGAGGGUAGAGCAAGAGGGGAAAUGCGAGGCUCACAGGGAGAAGAUUCAGCAGAUGUGGGAGCUCCUGCAGGUUUCUACCGAGGACCGUGAGGCCUUAAGCAAGCACAUGGUCACAUCCAAGAGGAGAAACCUGGAAGCACUACAAGCAGAACUGCGGCGUCUGGAGGAACUCAAGCUGCGCAACAUCUGCAGCGUCACGGACGCUCUUCGCUCAGAGAUCCUGGAGCUCUGGGAGAAGUGCUUCUACAGCAGUGAGCAGCGACAGGACUUCACAGCGUUCUACAGCGUGGACUUUGAUGAUGAUCUGCUCGCUGUGCAUGAGGCUGAACUGCACCGCCUGAAGCAGUACUACGAGAAACACCAGGAGCUUUUUAGUGGAGUUCACAGGUGGAGCGAAAGCUGGAGGCUUUUCCAGGAGCUGGAGAAAAAAGCAGCAGAUCCAUCCAGGUUCACCAACAGAGGAGGAAACCUGCUGAAGGAGGAGAAACUGCGAUGUGAGCUGCAGAAGAGUCUGCCGAAGCUGGAAAAGAAGCUGAAGGUCCAGAUCCAGUCCUGGGAGAAUGAGCAGGGCUGCAGCUUCCUGGUUAACGGACAGAAGUUCCUGCAGUUUGUGGAGGAGCAGUGGGAGCAGCACCGCGCCCAGAAGGAGAAGGAGAAACUGGAGCGGCACUCCAAGAAGAGCCAGCAGCUGGAGGAGGACAUGCUGUAUGGCACAACAAUCCGAUCACCGGUCAAACACCGGUUCCUUGGUCAGACUCCCCCAAAUAAAUCUAAAAAAUUGAUUAAUGCCACCUCCAGCACUUCCAGUGCCACCUGUAACAGCACCCUGCGCUCCCUCUAUACUGCCACUGGGUGUCGCUCUCCUGUGCCCAGCCCCACUCUCUCAGCUCGAAAGGCUCUUGGUGGAUUGAAACCCCCACGGUUUGGGGACUGCAACAAGGAGAACAAAGGCCUGCCUAACGGGACCCCCCCCAGCACGCAGCGUAACUUCACAUGUGAGCGGUUCCUCAAAGCUGACCACGGACAUUUGUGUUCUAGAAGGACUUGAAGAGCAGUGAGCCGCUAAAGUCCAGCGAGACCUGUCCAUGGCAUCUAAAUCCAAGAUCCAGCACAGAGUCCUGAGCUCUACAGCCGCCAACCUCUGACUCCCUCAUGAGUCUGCUCUCUGCUGCCACCUGCUGGAAGUAGUCACUCAUAUUCUGAAGGAAACAUUUGGUGACUGGCAACAUUUCGUCCUGGUAUCCUGCAUUUGAUUAGUGCAGGGAAUUUUACGUUAUGAAGGACGCUGACACUAAUUUGCCUUUCGCCGUCUCUUAGAUCACCAAUGUAUUUUUAUUUAUCAUAAACUGUACAUUUUAGACAAGAGUUCAUCUUCUUGUUGUGCUUUCAGAUAAAUAUCUGCUGCUUCUGUCGCACUUUUUUGUAAAUAACUUCAAUCAGAUGAUCCUUCUAGAUCAAAUUAUAUGAUUUCUUCUUUCCAUCACACCUUUACCAUUUUGUUGUUGCAUUAAAUCACAACAAAUCAUAACAAAA